GUGGAAGAUGGGAUGUUAUACGUGUGGCCAGGAUGGCCACUUCGCGAGAGAUUGCCUGCAGCGGGCGGGCGCGCUGCUGCUAAUAAUAAUAACAAUAAUAGUAAUAACUAUAAUAAUGGCUACCAAAGGUAUAAUGGGUUGACGUGGCAGGAGAAGAAGGAUGCGGGAGACAUCGCAUGGAUGAGGGCGAGAAGCUACGAGGAGAGGUGUUCAAGCUGGAGCGAGAGCUGGCGAAAGAAGACAGCCCGGAAAAGGAGAAGGAGGAGCUACGGAGGAAGCUGGCGCAACUGCGGAAGCUGAAGGAGAAACGUGAUCUGGCCCGCGUUAGAAAGAAGACCAUGGAGGCAGAGAUAGAGUGGGAACUUGAACAGACGAGGAGAGAAGUUGAUCUAGAAGAUCAAUAUGCACCAUCGUCAUCAACAAGACCCCCACGGAAACGAAGAACAGAGACUCCAUCUACACCGUUGAGGCCACGACGAGUCAGGCAACCGAACAUGGGGAUACAUAUUGAAGAGCCAUCUACUCCGCGGACGGCGAUGACGACCAGAUCACAUAAGAAGAAUCCGAUUAUCAAUAACGAGACACUGCUCGCGGGCUGGCGAGAUAUCACGAGGAACGGCGCAGGGAACAACGUCGUGGGUUUAUGCAUGAACAUGCGAAGCUAUCUCGGAACCAAAUCAAUGGCGGAACUGCAAUGUCUCUGCGGGGAGGAAAAUGUGGAAUACGUCACGAGGGAGAAGGCAACUAAGUCACUGAUAUCAAACAAGAUGCAAGAGAAGAUUCUGCGGGGAAACGCAGGAUCUGUCGUCGAUCCGAAUCCGGAGGUGAGCUCAGAUAGGGAGCCCGAUCUAGAGACUAACUGACACUUAGACCUCGACCGAGCUUGGGCGUCAUGGGACUCGUUGGUGGAAUAUAGGAGGACGGUUAGCCAAAAUAGAGCCGUAGCGAACUCGAUAGAUGCUGCUCUUAGAACCGUGAUUGUGAUCCUCACGAUGCGGGGGGCUACACCUUGGGCAAACAAGUUCAUGGAUCUAUGGGAGAAGGGAGGUAUCGAUUGGGAGAACCCAUCGAGAUGUGUCUACGCGUUGAUCUCGGCGAAAUGCCGAAAGAUAUAUAUCGGAAAGACUAGUCGUGAACUUAGCUGCAGAUGGAAGGAACAUGUGACAUGUUGCAGAGGGAAAGAGAGCAAGAGCCAAUCGCUGUAUAGAUGGCUUAGGAAAUUCGGCACGGAAAAGUACGUGGCGAUACCACUCACAGCGGUUGAGAAUGACGACGAUCUGACGAGGAUAGAGAGAUGUCUGAUCAAGAGAUGGUCCCUGACGCUGAACUGUCUGGCGAAUAAAAUACCCAGACCGAA